UAAACAACAGAAAUGUAUUUCUUCAUAAUUCUGGAGUCCGGAAGCCCAAGCCCAAGGUGCUGACAUGUUUGGUGGUCUGGCGUCCUUCGAGGGUUCUCCGCACGGCUGACGGACGGCUGCUCGUGUGGCCUUUCCUCGGUGUGAACCCGUGAGCCAGACAAGUGAUGUGCCUCCAGAGUACAAAGCCGGGGCAGGGGUAGGAGAGAGAAUUCCCAUUCCCUGAGGAAGCGAUAAGAAAGAAGACAGAGGUGACAGUGUUCGAAAUGGAGCAACGCAACUUCCAUAGAUCGGCAGGCUCCAGGAUAACCCUCUUGGGCUCCAGGCUCUGCCCGCCAGGCCCUCUGUGGCACGGCGCCACCUCCGUGGUGCACAGCUGCGUGGUCCUUCUGGGUGAGGACCCCCAAGGCUCUGUGCAGGGCCUGCCCUGUGGAAACUGAGGCAGUUUCCAAACUGAAACCAAGGAGCCAGCCUGAUCUCUGAAUUGCCUUUGGGGGACAUUCUUCCCUCUUCUGGAAAACCAGCACAUGUUUGUAGACAAGCCCACCGUCCCAUCUCGUAGAGUCUGAGAAGACUUGACGGCUUUCAUUCCCGCUGUCCCGUCCCCGUCCCCUGGCCGCACGUCCGCUCCUACAGUCCCUUAAUGUUGGCUCCUCUCUCUCAUCUGUCGGACAGUCUUCCCGCUCUUUGUUCUGUGUCCUCUGGCUCAACAGUCUGUGCCUCCAUCCACCUCCCCGCUCUGGAGUCUCAGGGGGUCCCCCACCCACGUUGCUCCGGGCACACGCCAACCCUUUGCUUAGGCGUCUCCUCAGCGAAACAUGCGACUGUGUGGGGCGCUUGCCCUGUGCUCCACAAACGUCAAGACACAGCUCAGCCACGUUCUUUGCCGCUUUCAAACAGGGGUCACGUUUGUCCCCACGAUCCAGUGCCUCGUUCUUCAUUUUGGCCCGAGGUCCUGCCCGAACGGACUUACCCGCCCAUACUUCUGUUUGGCAUUUCUAAACUCCUCCAGCCUCUUUCUGUUGUCACUCUCAAAGGUUCUCCGCAUCUUUUUUUCUUUUUUAAGUUGUAUUUAUUCAUUUUGAGAGAGGGCUCAAGCGUGAGCGGGGGAGGAGCAGAGAGAGAGAGAGAGAGAGAGAGAGAGAGAGAGAAUCCCAAACAGGCUCCACGCUGUCAGCACAGAGCCCCAACCAGGGCUUGAUCCCACAAACAGAGAGAUCAUGACCAGAGCCGGAAACCAAGAGUUGGGCGCCCAACGGACUGAGCUGCCCAGGUGCCCCCCGCUGCUUCCGCAUUUUGGAUAUUUGUUCCCACAGCACGGCACUUCUUGGUACUGAAAUCUGCAUUCGUCUGUUCCGGCUUCUGUUAACAAAGAUCACAGACUGGGUGGUUUAAGCUACAGAAGUUUCAGGGAAGGUGCCAGCACGGCUGUUGUCUGGUUUGGGCUGUCUGCUGGGGUUGCAGGGAGCCCCUUCUUGCUGCGUGCUUGCCUGGCCUUUGCCCGCUGGGAGCACAUAGAGAGAGACGGAGAGAGCACUCUCUGGGCCUCUUCUUUUCUCUUUUUAAAUGUUUAUUUAUUUUUAAGAGAGAGAGCAAGGGAGGGGUAGAGAGAGAGGGAGACACAGAAUCUGAAGCAGGCCCCAGGCUCUGAGCUGUCAGCACAGAGCCCGACACGGGGCUCGAACUCACGGACCGCAAGAUCAUGACCUGAGCCGAAGUCGGACGCUUAACCCACCGAGCCACCCGGAUGCCCACCUUUGAGCUUUUAAAUCAGUUACACUGCCGGUUAAAAUUAUCCCACAAAACUCACUCCGGGCCCAGCAAAUUUUACUGUGAGCGCCUCCAAACAAUUAUGGAUGACAAACACCAUCGGUAUAGACAUUUUUAUAGCAAAUGCAUUCCCGUACAUUUCGUAACAAGAAUAUCACACUUUGGCCUCCCACGUACGCUUAGAUAUAAAAUAACUUAAAAAAUGGGGGGAAAUAUCUAAUUACAUUACUGCUCAGUUCACAUGCAUAAUGGGGAGGAGACAAAUAUUUCAAUAAAGAAUUCUCCCCAACAAAUUGGGGACUUAAUCUAAGCAUUGUCCCCUAAAUCUUAUAGGCAGGCCCCCAGAAUGGGGAGGAGGGAUCUGCCCCAGAGGCAAGGGGCACUGAGGAACCAGGAGGGACUCACAGGCGUGUUUCCAUGCUUGGGGCAUGGACGCUGUCACAGGGAAAUAGAGAAGUCCAUGAAUGCUGACAUAGAAAGAAAACCCAAAUCUGGGGCCAAGAGUGAAAUCUUACUUCCUUCUCUAUUUCGCUAUAUUUCUCCUCUGUGUGCAUCACCACGUGACCUUGACCUGAGCCAUGCAGAAAUGUCACAGCUGUGUUUGCACUGACAUGAGGCUGCAGAGGAGCCGGAACCCACACCCCCUGCAGCAUCUCUGGGGCCUGGGGACCCCGUGGGAGGUUGUUCCCCUUCCUGUGGGGCUGCUGAUGUGACAACCCCAUGACCAGGCAGACCAGCCCCCAAGUGGCCACACCCUGUGCUUCUGUCUGUCCUGCAGGCACUGAGGUCCCUCCGUCUGCACAGCUGGGGCCAGAGGCAGAGACGCCAUGACCCCCACCCUCACGGCCCUGCUCCUCCUCGGGCUGAGUGUGGAACCCAGGACCCAAGUGCAGGCAGGGACCCUCCCCAAACCCUCCAUCUGGGCUGAGCCAGGCUCUGUGGUCCCUUGGGGUAGCACUGUGACCAUUUGGUGUCAGGGGACCCUGGAGGCCGCGGAGUUCUAUCUGGAUAAAGAUGGACACUCAGUGCCCUGGGACAGACAACCCGCAGUGGAGCCCAGGGACAAGGCCAAGUUCUCCAUCAUAUACAUGACAGAGCAGUAUGCAGGCCAAUAUCACUGUUCCUAUUGGAGCCCCGCUGGCUUGUCAGAGCGCAGUGACCCCCUGGAGCUGGUGGUGACAGGAUUCCAUGGCAAACCCACUCUCUCAGCCCUGCCCAACCCCAUGGUGACUUCAGGAGGGAAGGUGACCCUCCAGUGCACCUCAUGGAUGGGAUUCCAUAGGUUCGUCCUGAUGAAGGAAGGAGAACCCAGACCCGCCUGGACCCUCGACUCCCAGCGACCCACCAAUGGGCAGUUCCAGGCCCUGUUUCCUGUGGGCCCCAUAACCCCCAGGCUCAGGUGGACCUUCAGAUGCUAUGGCUAUUUCAGAAACACCCCCCACAUAUGGUCACUCUCCAGUGAUCCCCUGGAGCUCCUGGUCUCAGGAACCUCUGGAGGCCCCAGCCCCCCACCCACAGAUCCCAGCUCAACAGCUGGAGCAGCUGACACCAUCAGCCCAUCACAAAACAAGUCAGACCACAACACUGGAUCACUACAGUCAGAGAGGAAUCCAAGAUGCAUCCAGGAGGUAAACUCAAGAGAGAACAAUGCAACGAUCAGAAUGACAGAGUCUGGGAAGCACAUCUUAUGUGCCCAGGAAUUUCUGGAAGAGUAUGUGAGGCAUGUGCUGUGGGAACUGUCAACAUUCCAUGUUGCCCAGACCAGUCCUCAUCCUCUGUGACAUCACCUCCAACCUCCAAGGACUUAUUCCACAUACCACACGACCUAGUGGUCAAGUAUAUAUCUUUCGUCAUUAUUUAUUUGACACCCAUAACAUUCCCAGGACUAGUAAUGAUCAGAGAACAGAAUCCAUGUGAAUUUAGCACAUACUUUAGUAUUCAUGCUUGGUGCAUUGUGUGAAAUCUAGUUGACUUUUGUAUAGAUUCCUAGCAGGAUGGAUGGAUUCAGGAUUGAUUAUAAAUGGAAAGACAGACAGAAAAGUUUACCUCUACACAAACAUACACAGCAAUCUGCAAUAAAUUAACUCAGCAUCCUC